AUGGGCGAUCUCCAAGAAAAGCCCUUGGGCUACAAAUGGCGCUCUUCCAAAUGGUUUAUCAUUUCAACCAUCACUCUUGCCUUAUUUGGUGAAACCUUCCUAUACGCAUUCAUUGUCCCUAUCUUAGACUACAUGCUACAGACUCGCCUACAUAUCGAUCGCUCCAAGACUCAGAAGGUUACCUCUAUAGUACUGGGCCUCCACGGUGCUAUCUCUGUCAUCGCUGGCCCCAUCAUCGGCCAUUUUGCCGAUAAAACUCCAAGCCGCAAGACACCAUUGUUGCUAUCUCUUAUUACCUGUAUCAUAGGUACCGUCAUGAUGGCAAGCACACAUUCGAUUCCGAUCCUCUUCCUAGGCCGUGCCCUACAAGCAGUAGCAUCAUCUGCAGUAUGGAUCAUCGGCUAUGCAACCAUCGCAGAUACCGCGAAUCAGGGGAAUCUCGGCACAACAAUGGGGAUUGCAAUGUCUUUUGUCCACUUGGGAGUCGUCGGCGGGCCCGCAAUCUCUGGGGUGCUACUUGAAGUGGCGGGAUAUUGGAUAACAUGGAUGGUGCCGCUCCUCAUUUUGGUUAUAGAUCUUGUCGCGCGCCUUUUGAUGAUUGAGAGUCCGUCGACGAGCUUCUCUCAGUCUGAUAUAAAGUCUUCGAAGAUAGGAGAUACGGUAGACUCAACAGAAACAACGGGUCUGCUGCCCCCGCAAGGCGAUCCUCAAUAUCCACCCACCACUGCAAGUGGCUUUUGGCGAAUUAUAUUGUGCGAUGCUCGCGUCUUGACCGUUCUGCUCAUUCAGGUAUUGAACAUAGCGGUGGCAGCGUGCUUCAACGCGACUAUUCCACUCCAUGUACAGAAAACCUUUGGAUGGGGCCCUAGCAAGAUUGGAUUCCUCUUCUCCUGCUUGGUACUGCCCACUCUUCUGAUCGGUCCCCUCGCAGGCUGGAUCCGGGACCGUGUCGGAAUACGAUAUCCUGCUGCAAUCUCCUUGGUUCUUCAGGCGGCGGUGUUGGUACUAUUGGGUAUUGCUGGAAACGAGCAAAUCUCCUGGGCGAGUGCUCAGAAAUAUGGUGGAACACUUUACAUAGCAUCUAUCAUGGCUAUGGGUGCAUUGCGUCCUUUCAUAGCUGGGUUGGGGCCUGUUGAAUUGACUGCUGCUGUCAAGUCACACCAAGAAAGGAGACCGGGUAUCUUUGGGCCCGAGGGAGGACUCUCCCGCGUGUUUGCUAUAAUGGAGGUUGCUGCUUCCGUUGGGAUGACAAUUGGUCCAAUUGUGGGUGGCUCGCUCAAGGAAUCAUUUGGCUACGACUAUAUGAGUUGGACUUGGAGAUCCGGAGAUCCCGAAAUGCUCUCCGCCGGAGACUCCGCUGAUGGAGAGUGUUAG